GUAACCGGAAGCUGGUAAACAGUCAUGUGCGUGCGUGUUGUCUGUCCAUGGUCUCACCUCUGAGUGACAUUAAAACCUCAAGCGGACCGCCUUCGUAUUUAUCCGACGGGGUUCCGAAGGGGAGACUCCAACCCGCUCCGGGAGCUGGAUCCCGUCCUAAACUAGUCGAUCCUGUGUCGAGGUUUGUUGUGAAAGUGCGCGUCCGGAGACGUGCUCGUCCGAUACCGGAAGUUGACCAGUCAGCCUUGAGACGUCCACGCCGCCAGGAAGAGGCAGAAGGUCUGAGUCAUGUUCCGACUCCUCAGCCGUAAUGGCCGCAGGAGGCCGAGCUGCCCAGUGGGCCAGCGGCGCUAUGAGCACCACAGGGCUGUCAUGGCCAUACGGCGGGAGGACAUCAACCCGUGGGAGAGGAGGGCGCCACUGGCCCCCCGCCACGUCCGAGAGCUGACGCAGGAUGGCAUCAAAGUUCUGGUCCAGCCAUCCAACCGUAGGGCGAUUCAUGAGAAGUUCUACGCUAAAGCCGGCGCCAUCAUCCAGGAGGACAUCUCUCAGGCGUCGCUCAUCAUCGGUGUGAAGAGGCCGCCCGAGGAAAAAGUGAUUCCCAAGAAGACAUACGCCUUCUUCUCCCAUACCAUCAAGGCUCAGGAGGCCAACAUGGGGUUGCUGGAUGACCUCCUCAAGAAGGAGGUUCGCCUGAUCGACUAUGAGAAGAUGGUGGACGCUAACGGCUACCGCAUCGUAGCGUUUGGUCAGUGGGCGGGUGUCGCAGGUAUGAUCAACAUUUUGCACGGUUUGGGUCUUCGCUUCCUGGCGCUGGGCCACCACACUCCCUUCAUGCACAUCGGCAUGGCUCACAACUAUCGCAACGUCAGCCAGGCCAUUCAGGCCGUCAGGGACUGUGGCUAUGAGAUCUCCAUGGGCCUCAUGCCCAAGUCCAUUGGACCCGUCACCUUCUGCUUUACGGGGACCGGCAACGUCUCCAAGGGAGCACAGGACAUCAUCAACGAGCUUCCUGUGGAAUACGUGGAGCCUCACGAGCUGAAGGACGUGUGUCAAACUGGAGACAUGACCAAAGUGUAUGCCACUGUGCUGAGUCGCCACCACCACCUGAUGAGGAAGAGCGAUGGCAUCUACGACCCCAUGGAGUAUGAGAACCACCCAGAGCUCUACACGUCCCACUUCAGGACCAGCGUGGCGCCCUACACAAACUGCCUGAUCAACGGCAUUUACUGGGACCCUCAGACCCCCCGACUCCUCAGGCGGCUGGACGCUCAGAAGCUGAUGCGACCGUCCAAAAGCUCGUCUCCGACAAAUGAGGGGAUGCCUCAGCUGCCUCACAAGCUGUUGGCCAUCUGCGACAUAUCCGCCGACACGGGAGGCUCCAUCGAGUUCAUGAACGAGUGCACGACCAUCGACAAGCCUUUCUGCAUGUAUGAUGCCGACCAGCACAUCGACCAUGACAGUGUGGAAGGCAACGGCAUCCUCAUGUGUUCCAUCGACAACCUUCCGGCUCAGCUGCCAAUCGAGGCCACAGAGUACUUUGGAGAUCGCCUAUUUCCUUACGUCUGGGAGAUGCUGCCUUCAGACGCCAGCAGACCUCUGGAAGACGAAGACUUCAGUCCGCAAGUCAGAGACGCAGUAAUCACCUCAAACGGAGCGCUGACGUCAAAGUUUGAGUACAUCGAGAAGCUCAGGGAGAAGAGAGAGAAGUCUCAGAUCCUGAAGAAAAGCGGGAUGAAGCGAGUUCUGCUGCUUGGUACUGGAUACGUGUCCAGCCCCGUGGUGGAAUACCUGACCCGGAGUGCCAAGACACAGGUCACAGUGGCCUCGGUGAGCAUGCCGCAGGCGCAGGAUCUCUCGGCCAGAUAUCCAAACACUGUUCCCGUCAUGCUGGACGUCGGCAGUCAGGAGGGUCACCUCAACUCUCUGAUCGAAGACCACGACGUGGUCAUCAGCCUGCUGCCCUACACGCUCCACCCCCUAGUGGCCAAACACUGCAUUGACAGGAAGGUCAGCAUGGUGACCGCCAGCUACCUGAGUCCUGCCAUGAAGGACCUGCACAGCAGGGCGGUGGAGGCGGGCAUCACCAUCGUUAAUGAGAUGGGACUCGAUCCAGGUAUUGAUCACAUGUUGGCCAUGGAGUGUAUUGAUCAAGCUAAAGCUGACGGCUGCACGGUGGAAUCGUACGUUUCCUUCUGCGGAGGACUUCCUGCGCCCGAGUGUUCAGACAAUCCUCUUCGCUACAAGUUCAGCUGGAGUCCCUACGGCGUUCUCCACAACACGAUCAGCCCCGCCCUCUUCCUGCGAGACAACAAGCCUGUGAGUAUCCCACAAGGGGGCGCUCUGCUGGACGCCACCACUCCAUUGGAUUUCUUUCCUGGCUUCAACUUUGAAGGUUAUCCCAAUCGGGACAGCACCAAGUAUGCAGAACUGUACGACAUACAGAAGGUGCACACGCUACUCAGAGGAACUUUACGCUACAAGGGCUUCUCAGCGGCCAUGAGUGGUUUUGUCAAGUUGGGUCUGAUCAACAGUGAUCCGUGUCCCAUGCUGCAGAGCUCCUCCUCUACGGUCACAUGGAAAGAAUUGUUGUGUCAUGUGAUGUCUGUGGACUCCUCCAUCUCCCAAGAUGCGUUUGAGGCGGCUGUGUUGGACUGCGUUGGCCGGGAUGAGAAUAAGAUGGACUGUCUGAGAUGGUUUGGAAUGCUGAGUGAUGAGCCGGUUCCUCACGCUGACAGUGUGCUGAUGGCCCUCAGCAAACAUCUGGAAGCUAAACUCUCCUUCAACGACUGUGAGCGAGACAUGAUCGUCCUGAGGAGCGACUUGGGCCUUCGCCACCCUACAGGCGAGCUGGAGACCAAACACAUCAGCCUGGUCGUGUAUGGAGACAUCGGCGGCUUCUCCGCCAUGGCCAAGACGGUUGGUUACCCGGCAGCCAUCAGCGCACGCAUGAUCCUGGACGGUGAGAUCAGAUCCAAGGGAAUCGUGCUUCCCAUGACCAAGGAGAUCUAUGUGCCGGCGUUGGCGCGCUUGAAGGAUGAGGGUCUGCACGUCAUCAACACCAGCACCCUACUGGAAUGACCAGCACAAACAUUUUAAAUUCAACUCUUGCAAAUCUUUUACACGUCUAAUCACCGCAAUACUUACUAGCGCUUUUUUUUUCCUUCCCAAAACACAUACAAAUCAUUCAUAUAUACUGUAUAUGUGGCCAACAGGGUAACAGCAAGUCUCAGCAGUUGAAAAUAUUGUUUGAAAUGGAAAAAACGUAAGUUAUUAAUAAAAUAUAAGAAAAAAAGGCUGCUAUUUGAGUUCAAAGUUGAAAGGUUACAGCUGAUAUUCUGUCGUUGUUGGGUGUCGCUAUAAUCCCGCCCUCUUCCUGCUCGGACACGCAAGUCACGCCCCCAUGCAACUUGCGCAAGGAAAGGUGCCGCAAAACGCAGAAAGUCAGGUCAAACAUUUCGCUAAUACUUGCAAGUAAGAAGGUGAGACGCAUACAAUGUGAGCAGAAAGGGGUCGGUAUUAGCCAGUGUUACAGUAGCUACACGAUGCAGCUACAUGGGAGCCUCAAAUUGGCUGUUCUCAGCUAAUGGGAGCAAUUUAACAAAGUGUAGCUACUAACGUUAGCUUACUGAACGUAUAGCCCGUCAUAACAAAAUGAGUGUGGAAUUCGUGACAGGAUUCUUUAGUCCAUAACAAGAUAAGAUAGCGUUUGGGGAAUAUGGAAUGUUGCAAUAGUUUUUAAAUCCUUUUUCUUCUCGAAGCAGCUACAAUAUUGUCUCUACUUUGACUUCCCGCUUUGUGUCAAGAAUAGCGUGCAAGUCUCGGGCAUGACUGCUAAUUGAUAGCUUUGCUGACAUUGCGUGCCGGUGAAACACGAGCUGUGUUUCUCUGAAAGCACAAUUGGUUACGUAUGCUUGCCGCCGGUGAUGUUGUAUUUUUGGAAGAUGGCGAUAUUACGCUGUAAGGCAGGACAAAGAUCACAACUAAACACUUGUUUUUAUGCUUGCCUUGUUAGCACUCCUUCAGGUCUGAGGUUUUUUUCUUAACCGUCCACAUAGUUUUGAAUCAUUUGCUUUGUCUUCCAUGUGCACACACGUGCAGUGUUGUGAAUGCCACAUAAAUAAAAUGUAUAAAUAAACGUCUAGUUUUGUUCUGGUUCCUUUGACCUCGCAGCCUGCUGAAUUAUUACGCUGAUUUUUAAUAGCA